AAGUCAAUCGAUUUUAUCAUUUUUGUGAUUAUCAUACAGGCAGCCUUAAAUAAAGAUUAAAGAAAGUAGCGUGAUUAUAUUUGUAUCUUAAAAAGUAAGAGUGAUGAAUUAUAAUACAUAAUAUAAAAUUAAACUAUAAAUAAUUUUCAGUUUGUCCUUGCUUCUCCUUUUUAUAACAUGGAUAUAAGAGCCGAAAAGUUAGCUAAGGCAAGAAAAAAGUUAAGAGAUCAUCAAGAGAAAAAAGUUGUAACUGGUCAAAAAGAAGAAAUAUUGGUUGAACAAAAACCUAAAGAAAAUUUAAAUGACAAUGUUAAUUUGAUGACUGUUAACACAACUGAUCAUGAUAAAAAAUAUGGAAUAAAUAGUAAUCAAAAUGAAUCAAUUGUUAAUAUGGAUGCAGACAAAAAUGCUUCAGAAAUUAAAUCAGAUGUUAUUACUGAAAUGCUUAUAUCAAAUAAAGCAAACCUUGAAUUCCAGAUGAAUGAAAUGAGCACUAAAAUAGCAAAUUUAGAAUCUCUAUAUGAAUUAGAAAAACGUAAUCAUAAUGAUUGCAAACAAAAAAAUAUUGCCUUACAAAAUGAAAUAAGCGAUUUAAAAACAAAGUAUAAAAUUGCUAUUCAAGAAGUUUCAUCAAAAGUUGAAGAUAUGGCACACUUAAAGGAGGCACUUCAGUUUUUACAUGAUGAAAAAAACAAUUUAUUUGAAGAAUUAGAGUUAACAAAAUCUAUUUUGAAUAGAAAAGAAUUAGAAAAUACACAACUAUUCCAUCAAAUAUCUACAUAUCAGAGUCAAAUUAAUAUGUUGCAAAUUCAAUUGCAACAAUUAACAAAUGAUUCUCUUGGUAAUUUUGACCCUAGUUAUACAAAAAAACAUCAAGAUACUGAGACUCUAUUGGAUAAAAUUUAUGAGUUAGAACGCAGUGUAGAGAUGACACACAGAGAAAAAGAGGAAUUAAUUUCACAAUAUAAUCAGUAUGCACAAGAUAUAAGUGAGAAACUAAAAGCAGAGCAACACAAAAAUGAAAUGAAAUCUAUAGAAUUACGUAAACUUCAAGAUAGGGAGCAAAGUCUUGUAGAGCAAAUAAGUGAAAUAGAAAUACGUCUACAAAAUCAUAUUUCUAGAAAUGAUGAAUUAUGUAGACAACAAAAACAUGACAGAGAGCUCAAAGAUCAAUAUAAAACAACAAAAGAAGACCUUGAAAAAAUGAUUGUUAAAUACAAUGAACUUCAGAAACAAUACUUGGAUAGCCAAGAAAAAAUUCAAGAAUUAACUCGAGCUAAAGAAAUUCAAAACUAUGAAAAUAACAGAUAUAAUCAAGAAAAUGUUAAUAUUUCCAAACUAAAUGCAGACAUAGUGAGUGACAAAUUGGCUGCACAAAGGGCAACAGAACAAAAUGAACAGUUAAAAGUUGACAUGGAAGGUUUGGAACAAAUUAUAGUUAAAUUGGGUAAAGAUAAGUUAGAGUUGACAGAGAAAUGGACCCAUGAGAAACAGUUAAAUAAAGGAUUAGCACUGAAAUUAGCAGAAGUAGAAGAGAGUGUUAAAACCCUGCAGAAUCAAUUAAAAGCUAAAGAUGAUGAAAUGAUAAGAUUGCUAAACGAAUUUCGGGAAAUGGAGAAAAGACAUGAAAAUACAUUGAAAGAUGUUAGCGAAAUGAAGCACAAUUUAGACACAGAUAAUACUGAGGAAUGUUCAGUUGAAAAACAUCACGAUACUGAUCUAGAUAAUGAGAAGUCACUUUUAACAACGACGCCGCACACAGAUACAAAAGUUAAAUUAGACAAUUUAUGUAUACCAAAAGAGGAUGCGAUGAUUAAACUUCAAGAACGCUUUUUAAAUAUAAUGGACGAAGUUGCCAACUUAUCUGAUGAAAAACAUAGAUUGGAACAUAUUAUUCUACAGUUACAAAACGAAACUGAUACUAUUUGCGAAUACGUAGCGCUUUACCAACAGCAACGUAGCUUAUUGAAGAAAAGAGAAGAAGAAAGAAGUAAUCAAUUAAAAAUAUUCCAAGCUGAAUGUGACAAAUUAAAACGUCAUUUAGAAGAACUAAGUGAUCUUCUCUUAAGAUUCGCAGCUGACAAGGAGCUAACCUCAUUUUUAAAAAAUGAAACCAGACUUAAUGAUUUGGCUAGAGUGAAGGAAUUGCUUGAAGAGCUACAGAAUUGUUCAUUGAUUAAUCCGAAAUUUAAAAACUUAGACUUAAAUAUAUUUUAUCCUUGUCAUUGUUGUUCUGGUCAACUCAUCGAUAUUUAAAAUAAUCAUUUAAUAACCUUAAAAUAAAUUAAAAUCAGUUAUUU